AAUAUGUGGUAAGCUGAGUAACAACAAAAGAGAUCAAUAACAACAACAGCAUCAACAAAAACGACAACAACAACAUCAGCAUUAGCAGCGAUAACCAAAAACAACAUCAUCAUGAUCGUCAACAACAACAAUAAUUAACAUUGCUACUGUUACUACAUCAGCAGUAACUACUUAUACUACUACAGCUACUUCUGCAACUACUACCUUUACUACUGAAGCUGCUUCUACUACUACAACAACCACAGCCACAAUGUCAGUCGUAAGAUCUCUGACGAAAUUUUUUUCCGACUUUAAAAAAUCGCUCAUCUGCCUACUACUGCUACUCAUCUUGCUGCACUUCAUUUGGGACAGCCACCUCAUAAGAAGCGAGUCGCACAGGUUUGUGGCCGACAUAAAAGGCACGAAUAUUGCCCUAAAUAUCGAUAAAAAUGACGCAAGCGAUGACGUCAUCAAUAGCAUCAUCAACAGCUACAACAAUGCUAACAAAAACAACAACAAAAACCAUGCUAACGACAACAAAAACAAUGCUAACAACAACAACAACGCCAACAAAAACAACAACAACGGCGACGUAAUUAACAUUGCCCUCAACAAAGGAUUUUUAGAUCAAAUAAGCGAUUCUGAUGAAGGCGAAGAUGAUGAUGAUGGUGGUGAAAAUGUUGAUGGGGACAGCUUUGAUAUUCACCAAGAAUAUGUAGAUAAAGUUAAGCCUAAAAACUUCUCAACAAAUGCAAAAAACGACAACCAUAAGGCAACAACAUCCCAACCCUCAAAACAACAACAACAAUUAAACAUUGGGGAGGAGAAACAAUCCGAACAGCACAUCCCUACAAUCAAAGUGGCCAUCGGAAGUGGAUUAACGUCUGCCGGAAUUGUAUCCCUAACUGAAGAAAAUCUUUCGGAGAAGAUGUACAUGUUCACCAAGUUUCUUCCGUCAUUUUGUAAGACGGCCAGCGUAAACGUCAGUGAAGGUAUAGAGCGACAGUUAAAAGAAAACAACAACAACAAUAAUAAUAAUAAGGAUAAAAAUAAAAAUAGCGUCAACAAUCGGCCACUUCAAUAUGAGUACCACUUCUACAUAGCCUACGAUUAUGUCGACAAGACGCUGAAUGACUUAAUAAAAUCCGGAUCAUUUUAUAAAACCUUCAACCAAACCGUAACCAAACAUUGUCCUAAUUCCCUAAAAUUUGGACUCCACUUUGUCCGGUGCGAUCAUACGAAGCACCCCGCUUGGGCUCAGAAUGACGCCAUGAUCGAGGCUAACUUAGAUGACGUUGAAUACUUCUACAGGAUCAAUGAUGAUACGAUUAUGGUUUCUGGAAACUGGACUAAUCAAUUCAUUGAUAUUCUUGUAAAUAGAACGAUUGAGUCGAGUGCCAAUUGA